AUGGGAUUUUUUGUACCAAGUAAAAGUAUUGAGAAUUUAUCUCAAUAUAAAUAUCAAAGCGAAGAUCGUUCUUUGAUCACUAAACAUAUUUUAAAACCCUUUUGGUUAAAGUUUUCUAAUGUUUUCCCACUCUGGAUGGCACCUAAUGUGGUAACAUUAUUGGGUUUUUCCUUUAUUGCCAUCAAUGUGUUGACUGCUUUAUACUUUGAUCCAACUUUAACACAAGGUUCUCCACGCUGGGCUUAUUUAACUUAUGCUAUUGGUGUUUUCAUGUACCAAACCUUCGAUGCCUGUGAUGGUAUUCAUGCCAGAAGAACAGGUCAAUCGGGUCCUUUGGGCGAACUGUUUGAUCAUUGUAUCGAUUCAUUGAAUACCACAUUAUCUUUAAUCCCAUAUGCGUCAACAACAAGAAUGGGAUUUUCUUAUAUGUUUUUGUUAGCACAAUUUUCCUUACUGUGUAACUUUUAUUUAAGUACGUGGGAAGAAUACCAUACGCAUAAACUGUUUUUAAGUGAAUUUUCUGGCCCAGUGGAAGGUAUUUUGUCAGUAGUUAUUUCAUUUAUAUUAUGUGCUAUAUUCGGUGAUGAAGCAAUCUUCCAAAAAGUUUUAUUUGAGCUGAAGUUAUCUGGAUCUGUGUUCCCAAUCACUACGCUAUAUGGUGCAUACGUUUUCAGUACAAUAGCAUUAAUGUUCAACGUUUAUUCUGCUAGAAAUAAUGUUGUAGAGUACUAUAAAGGUAAUACUGAAAAUGAAAAAACAAUUGAAAAGAACAUAAGAACAGCAACUAUUGGUUUAUCUCCAUUUUUUACAUAUUUUGGCUCAAUAUUUGCAUUAACAGUGGUUGAACCUAGGUUUAUAUCGUUGCCGUUCAUUCUAACCAUUGGGUUAACCGUGGCAUUUGUUGUUGGGCGUAUCAUUGUAAACCAUUUAACAAAACAAAAGUUUCCUCUGGUUAAUGUCCCAAUGCUUAUUCCAUCUGUUCAAUCAGUAUUAUAUGUUAUUUUCAUCCAUAUCUUCAAUUAUAACGAUGUCGAUACAAUUUAUAAUUUGGUUUGGCUAAGUUUUGGUGUAUCUUUAGGUAUUCAUGGAAUGUUCAUAAAUGAAAUUAUCUAUGAAUUUACGACAUAUUUAGAUGUCUAUGCAUUAUCAAUUAAACAUCCAAAACAAGUUUAG